AUGUACCAAAGCCUGGCACUGGCCCCGAGCCCCAACCAGGCCGCCUACGCAGACUCGGGCACCUUCCUACACGCGCCGGGCGCAGGCUCCCCGGUGUUCGUGCCGCCGGCGCGCGUGUCCUCCAUGCUGCCCUACCUGCCCGCGUGCGAGCCGGGUCCGCAGCCCCCCGCGCUCGCCGUGCACCCUGGCUGGGCUCAGGCAGCUGCAGACCCGUCCGCCUUUGGCGCGGGCAGCCCGCACCCGCCGCCUGCUCAGCCGCCCGGGUCUGCUGCCUUUCCCUUCGCGCACAGUCCGCCGGGGCCCGGCGGCGGCGGAGCUGGGGGCCGGGAUGGCGACGCCUACCAAGGUGCGCUGCUGGGUCGCGAACAGUACCCAGCUCCGCUCGGGCGACCCGUGGGAGCUUCGUACCCCGGAGCCUAUCCGCCCUACGUGGGCCCCGAUGUGACCCCGACCUGGGCCACUGGGCCAUUCGACACCAGUGUCCUGCCGGGUUUGCAGGGCCGCUCGGCCGGCCUGCAGGGCCGACCCGCCGGUCUUCCAGGCCGCAGGGCCGCCUUCGUGUCCGACUUCCUGGAGGAGUUCCCUGGAGAAGGUCGCGAGUGCGUCAACUGCGGGGCCCUGUCCACACCGCUGUGGCGCCGCGACGGCACCGGUCACUACCUGUGCAACGCCUGCGGCCUCUACCACAAGAUGAACGGCAUCAACCGGCCUUUGGUGCAGCCCCAGAAGCGCCUGUCCUCCUCCCGCCGCGCCGGCCUCUGCUGCACCAACUGCCGCACCACCAACACAACGCUGUGGCGACGAAGCGCAGAGGGCGAGCCCGUGUGCAAUGCCUGCGGUCUCUACAUGAAGCUUCAUGGGGUGCCACGGCCUCUGGCGAUGAAGAAGGAGAGCAUCCAGACUCGAAAGAGGAAACCUAAAGGCACCGCCAAGAACAGGGGCUCCUCAGGGUCCACCGCGAGCACCGCAGGCUGCCUGUCCUCUGUCCCCAACUCCAAGAGCUCAGCGACCACUUUGAAGCCCAAGUCUAGCCUGGCAUCCCCGAUGUGCCCUGGGCCUAGUAUCACCUCCCAGGCCUCCAGUCAGGUGGACGAGCCCCUGCCUCCCAGCCAAUCAGAGUUCAAGUUUGAGCCGGAGGACUUUGGAUUCCCUUCCGCUGCCCUGGGCCCCCAGGCUGGCCUCAGUGGGGCCCUGCGCCAGGAGGCCUGGUGUGCGCUAGCCUUGGCCUAGGCCCCAGGCAAGCGGCAUCUGGGGUGCCUCCCCACAAGACAGCACCCAUUUGACCCACCUCACUGCCGGCACCUCGCUGGCCCACCCACCUGCCUACCAAGGAAUGGCUUCCUCUGGCCUCGGAAGCCCACGGCAUGGGGCGUGCCUUAGCCUGUCGGGAAGGCCUCUCUGCUCAGAACAGGAGGAAGGCCUGUAGGAUACAGGCUCAGGCCCCCGGGCCGCAGAGGGACCUCUGAACGCUGCAUGAGGCUCUGGACUGUGUCGGCUCCUGUGCCCUGGGCCGCCCACCGCCAACUUGAAUUCUGGGUCAACACUCACUGUCGACAUGUUUACGGGCUCUGUGAUUGGAAGACCCCUGAACUCAUGCUGCAAAACCGGACCCCAAGUCCACCCCCCUGCUCAGGCCUCGCCUAGGGUCAGUCCUGCAUCCCACAUUUGAUGAUGGAGCUACAGGCAUAGA